AAAAUAUAAAUUAAAAUGACAGCUGCAACAAGUAAAUUAAUGCUCAAGAGCAUGCCCUGCACCAUGAGCGAAUUCGGUGACUUAAUUCAAGAGCUAAGCCUGAUCACACCGCGUUCGCUGAACGCGUUCGGUCGCCGCCGCAUGUUAAUUGAAUAUGCAGACGCCGCCGAAGCACAGACGGCGCUUGAACAGCUGUUGGGGCUCAGCGAUAUACUGGACAAGCCGUUGCGCGUCUGCCCCUUUGGACCGCGAGAUCCAAGUGAAGCUGCGGCCAAGCCCCGCACAGCAAACAAAUGCACCCAAGCCAAGACAGCUUCCAACGCGAAGAACUCGAUACAGCCAGAAAUCAACAAACAACUGGGCCUGAUUGACACAUUGUAUGUGGACGGCGCCCAACCUGAUCCUGCCAACGAAUUGGACGACUUGCACAACGAGGGCGAUCUAAGCAUCAACGGUGCCACCGAAGCCACAGCCACAGCUCCCGUCAAGACAAAGAAAUCGCGCAAAUCCAAACAGUUGGCAAUGCAGCCCUUCACCUAUGUGAUUGCCGUCGACUUUGAGGCCACGUGUUGGGAGAAACAGGCGCCACCCCAAUGGCGUGAAGCCGAGAUCAUAGAAUUCCCAGCUGUGCUGGUUAAUCUAAAGACGGGCAAAAUCGAGGCCGAGUUCCACAAGUAUGUGAUGCCAAUUGAGUCGCCACGCUUGAGCACAUACUGCACCGAGCUGACGGGCAUAGAGCAAAAGACUGUUGACACUGGCGUCCCACUGCAGACGGCACUGAUGAUGUUCCACGAGUGGAUGCGCAAAGAGUUGCGGGCUCGAAACCUGUUGCUGCCCAAAAUGCACAAAUCCAAUAUACUGGGCAACUGUGCAUUCGUCACAUGGACCGACUGGGACUUUGGCAUCUGUCUGCACAAGGAGUGCACUCGCAAACGGAUGCGCAAGGCACCGUAUUUCAAUCAGUGGAUCGAUGUGCGUGCCGUGUAUCGCGAGUGGUACAAGUAUCGGCCGUGCAACUUCAGUGAUGCCCUUUCCCAUGUGGGUUUGUCAUUUGAGGGACGCGCACAUUCGGGGAUCGAUGAUGCCAAGAAUCUGGGUGCGCUUAUGUGCAAAAUGGUUAGAGAUGGAGCGCUCUUCUCCAUCACCAAGGAUCUGACGCCAUAUCAGCAGCUGAAUCCCAACUGUGUAUUGUGAGCCAGCUGAGCGAGCGAGCGAGAACUCCCUCCAAAGCAAAAACAAAACAAGAAAAUAAUAAAAUAAAUAAUAAAUAAAAUAAUAUUAAUUGUACGAAUGCGAUGCGAUGUGGCUCUAUGGGCAAUAUAUCGACGAUAAACGAUUUAUAUUGUUUUCUGUAACAGCAAUUGAUAAGACUUGAAAAUUGAAUUGUUUAAAAUACCGCUGCCAAAAUCAUAUUGAAAAACAACGAUGGCAAAAGGCGGCACAAGUAACGAGGAAUAUACUACACAUAGUUACCAUAUAAGAUAUGGCCUUAGAGCAUAUUUUUCUACCAUUCAUACUUGAUAAUUCUAGUUAAUAAACAUACCAACAUAUAGACUAUUCGAGUACUGCGUACCACUUACAUACAUAAAAUAUAAUAUGAAAUAUAGUAACUACUAUGUUAUAUAGCGACUUACACAGCCUACCAUUUAAAUGUUAAGAGCAUUACUAAUAAAACCGA